CGUUUGUUGUUUUUUUUUGGCGCAUCUCACAAUCAUUAUUUGCUCACCAAUGUUUGAGGAAGUGUUCCAUUUUAUAUGAGAUUUUACAUGAUCUCUAUUACGUAUUUUUAAAGUUUUUUUUGUUUAAAUUAUUAAUCUCCGACAUUCACACACAUACACACCAUUUAGUGAUAUUAAUCGCCACACACACACACACAUACGUAUCGUGUCGCAGGACACAUUAAAUCACCACACACGCAAAACGAUCCAAUACCAUGGUCAUCCAUUUCAAGUGACGUCAUUCGGGAAAUUAAUUGCAAAAUCAAUGCGGAUUCUGCGUCUGUGUCCAUUGCUACUUUGAAACCAGUGUACAUGUCAAGGUUUAACUCUCAGAAACGACACGAGCAACCUUCCCAAUUGCAAAUGGGACUUCUCCCUUGUUUUUUCCUUGUUUGCUAUAAAAUUAUUUAAUCCUUGGGUGCGUCUGUUAAAAUCCGAACGUAGGGUCACAUUUAUUGCUGCAGCUAGCUGUCGUAGUCUGGCCUUCAACAAGCGCAUGGAUAGGGACAAUCCGUACGCUGAACGGUCGUGCCAUGGCUGUGCGCUCAGUGGCCUCCAAUGAAACUGUCGUCUUGACCUUUUUGUUUAACAUCUUCACCCAACCCAAGAACGACCAACAGGCAAACGUUGGGUGGUUUUGAGAUUUACACUUCUAAAUUAAACUACACACACACACACAACCGUUCCGUCGUCCAGUUCCGAUCGUGUCACGAUGCACACACACGCACACAUACUCCGCCAUCUGUGUGGGCCUUCCCACGGGUUGUGAAUUGUUGACAAAACCGGUGAAAGACCAUACGCCUCCAUCUCUAUGAAGCACGUGCAGGAUGAUGAGGGUGCGUAUGAUAGUGGUGGCAUAUAUUCUUCGACGAUCAUCGGCAAUUUAGUUGUUUGAACAGAAGUUAUUCUUAGCCAACUUUAAAAAAUAAACCACACCAUCGCAUGUUACGCAUUAUUACACGUACGUAGCAGCGAACGCUGGUGGACGACAUGGACGGAGACUCAAUCCGCCACUUUGUCUAGAGGAUGACAGCGGGCAACCUCGUAAAAAUAGUUAAUCACUCGUAUUAUACUCAUCGCCCAAUUAAGAUUCGACCAGAUACGUUCAACGUGGGCAAUCUCAAGGGUAGAGAUUCGCAUCAACAAAACGUCCAAUGCCAUGGACGAAACGGAUGAUGAUGCUUACCGUUAUCGUCUAAGCCAAAUUAAAAUGCGGAGUACUUGUUUUUUGAACAAUUGUGUCGCUUAAAAGGUGUGGCAGAGUUUGCAAUAGAUAAUUAAUAAAGUAUCCCACGCAAAAUUGUUGUCCUAUUGUCGAGGUGAUGAUCGAAUUAUGGCGACAAGUUCGCUUUGCGGCUCGUUCUUUAUGAGUAAAUCAGUCUAGUUGCUACCUUCAUACGAGUUGUACGUUGUUUUGAGGUUCGUUGUCCGGGAAUACACAGGGAUAUCAUCAAAAGAUUCCCCAUUAAACGGUGUACUGUGUCGGUUAAAAAUAAACCAAUAAACCAAAACCAAAUCAGAAAACAGUGUCUUGCAAACAAUUGGUGGUGAAUCAGAAGAUUUGUUAGUGCACCAGUACAAUCUGAACCGAACGCCGGUUGCGUUUCUUAGUUGAUAAUGCCGGUCAACAGUCGUCCACCAUGGCUAAAGGACCGUCUAGAGACGGUCAACAAAGCUGUACCCCCCGCAUGGACGCGUAAGGCAAGUGUAACACCCGCCACCGACACAAAGGAAUCUUCACCAUCCAGCAAACCGAAUGCAAAGGAAUCUUCUCCAACUGUCAGUACAAAACCAGCCACACCAGCGUCCACCACCGUAAAGAAAGCCGUCAGCACGCCAGUCAAAGAAAAUGGAGAUACGGCCACAAAAGCUACCACCACGGCCAAAUUGCAAUCGAAGGAAAUUAAGGUACCGGUGGUAGUGGCGCAGAAAAAACCGAUUAAUCCUCCACUGACUAAACCCGAACCGACGGUAGGACUUAAAAACACGACACCCGUCAUGACGGUACAUCGAGAAGUAGCUAAACCGAAGCCAAAACCCACGGCCAAGGAACCAACGCCCGAAUCCGACGAUGAAGAGGAGGAAGAAGAGGAAGAAGAGGAGGAGGAGGAAGAGGAGGAAGAGGAGGGCAGCACCGAGUAUGAAACGGAAACGGAAUCCGAAGAGGAGCCACCUGCGAAGCCGGCAUUAAAAAAGCCCGAACCGAGCCAACUGAAGCGCCAAGAUGCUGACGCAUCGCAGCCACCGAAGCUGCCGGUGCAGCUGCGCAAAGUCACGCCAACGCGAAGCCCCGACAAGUCGGACACCGAAAGCAAACCGUCCUCGAAAUCGGUGUCGGAGAAGUCAUCUUCACCGGAGCCGAAAGUAUUCGUCAGGCCACCGCUUAAGAAGGUGGUACGGCCGCAACAGGACCCACCACCAAAGGAGCGGUCCGUUUCGCCCGAGCCGGCAAAGAACUUCCGCGUGCAACUGCGCAAGGUACCCUCCAACCUGAAGGCGCCCCGUGUGAAGGAAAAGCUGCCCGAGGUACAGCUGAAGAAGGUGGAGAAACCAUUGCUGGAGGACAUACCGAAGAAGGAGGAAGCCUAUCCCCACAAACCGUCGAUGCUGAAAUCGGAAAGUAGCAAGAGAAUUCCUCCACCACCACCAAUGCCGAAGUCUAACAUACCGCCACCACCUCCGCCGCCACCGAGUUUGAAGCCUCCGCCGGAUUUCGAGAAGAAGGAAAUAUCCCACAAACAGAAGGAAGUGCUAGACAAGCUUAAACGUCGUCCACGUCGACGUCCGGACUGGUCGGACAUGAUGAAGGAGGUUGAGCAAGGCAGAAAACUGAAACACGUUGAGUGUAAUGACAGAUCGCAUCCGAUCAUAAACUCUAAAUCGAUCACCAAGGUGAAGGAUCAGUUCAUCUUCGAGACGGAGAAGGCGACGGCACACAAUCAGCUGCUGAAGCAAAUUCAGGGUGGCGUGCAGCUUAAACCUACCAAAUGUAACGAUCGCAGUAAACCGAUUCUGGGUGGUUUGCGCAAAUUUCGCCGUCAGAUGACGCUCGAGGAGCAGCUGGCCAAGUCGGAAUCACGUGCCAACAUGGAAGCGCCGCCGGCUGACGAAGAGGAGGACGAGCUAGACGACAUUGAUAAGGUUCGUGACGAUCUGCAGAGCACCAAGCAGAUGUUGGCCCAUGAGCUCCGCAACAACGAGGCGAUGGAGCGUGAAAACAAACGGCUUCAAGCACGGGUACAGAACCUCGAGGCAGAACUGUCCCGCGAACGGUGGAAUCCGCUGAGCGGAGAGGAAAGAACGUCCGUCAGUGGUCCACAGUCCGAUCUAAUACAGUCGCUCAAGGACGAAGCACUAACGGCCCAAAAGCAGUCGAAGCAGCUGGAGGAGAAAUAUCAAACGGUAGCCAAGGAGCUCGAUACGGCGUACAAGCAGGUGGACGAACAUAAACGAAAGAUCGCGGACCUUGAACGGAAACUCCAGUGCUUAACGGACGAUGACUUCUAUCUGAACGAGCAUCAGGGCAUUACGGAUGAUCGCAGAGCCACGGAAUCGGCCCAGAAGGAAAGCUCCCCGGAACUGCAGCCCGAAGAAGAGGAAGAGGAGGAGGAAGAGGAGGACGAGGAAAAGAAGGCAGAAAAGAUGGCCAAACGGUUGAAUCGCGAGGUCAACAUGCUGCAGGCCCGACUUACGCGGUUGAAGGAAAAACAGGAAGAGAAACAUGCGGAACGACAGGCCCUGAAAUACGCCAUGAAAACCAACCAGUACGCCCUGAAAGCUGAGAAGAAAAAGUAUAAAAAGCUUCAAAAGGAGGUGGAAAAAAUGGCCGCCAUGAUGAAGAUGGAGGAUGAUGAUGAUGAAGCUGCUGAAGCCAAGGAACCACCGCCAGAGGAACCAGAGGAAGAAGAGCCGGAGGAAGAGGAGGAGGAGGAAAGCGAAUCGGAAGAAUCGGAAUCGGAAAGUGAAAAUGAGAGUGAAAAUGAAGCAGAGGAUGCUCCGGAUGACAAAAAGAAGGUCAACCUAGAACCCAGAGUAAAGCGGCACGAGGGACGACUGGCUUCGCUCAAGAAGGGUAACUAUUUGCUGCAAGCGAACGUCGAUCGUAUUAAGGAUGAGAUUAGCAAGGUGCGCGAGGAGUGUUGCACAUUGCAAACGGACCUGGACAGCGUAAUAGCGGACCUAGGCUGAUGACACAUUCAGUGCGUUAUAAAUUAUCUUUACCGUAAUAGUAAAAUGGGGCAGCUUGCUGGCCGUACUGUUGUUCCCUAGGUACAAUAUGGAACCGGCGAAGAGAACUAAAAACGGCCGCAGGUUGUUCCUUUCUCCGGUUCCAUCGACGUUUAGAAAAGAGGCAGUAAUUUAUAUUCAGCAAGGAAGAAGGACAAGCUAUCGCUUCAGAAAAUAUUGUUAGCAUCAAUGCAACAUACGCAGCAACUGCAGUGUGGCACGUAAUACAAGUAUUUUUGUACAUCGCUACUUUUGUAUACACGUAUAAUAAACUUACCUUUAUGUACGACGA